AUGGGCGACGAACGCCUCGCUGGCGCUACAGUGCACAAGUCGCUCGCAAUUCAGCGCUGUUUGCCGGCACAGAGGACGGGCACCACAGCGGCCACUACCUACAGCGGUUCACCGGUCUUCCGCAACGGCAGCCAGCCGGCCAACCAGCAUCCGCAUCCGCCAUCAACACAGCACAGCUCCCCUGCCACAGCAGACCUCGGUGGCGGCUUCCCCGGGUUGAGCCGCAAAUCUGUUCUCGACAUCACCACCAACGUCGCUGUCCUCGGUCGCGCAGCCUGCAAUUCGGUGCAGGACUCCAUUGUCUUUUUUUUCUGGUCUCGUCCAUCUCCAGCGCUGUCUUUCUCUCGCGGCUCUCUCAUCAUUGGCCAUGGCCUGAGCUUCUCCAUCUCAAUUCCUCGUCAAAAUUAUCCUAAGAUGAAGCUCCAUCAGCCGUCAUUCCGGCGCCUCUUGUCGCGCCCUUCAGCCCUCUGCAGCGCUGCCGUCCCGAGAGUCAAUAGAUCCACCAUUGCGUGUGGUAAAAUUAGCUCUGGUCGCUUAUUCUCGAAUCACCCCCAAAGGCAGCAUGCUUCUGUCUCUGCCGCCGAGCUUCAAUUCGGUCAGCCAGUCUACGAGACUCACCCCCACAUUCUGAACCCUGGCGAACUGACGCCAGGAAUCACUGCCCAAGAGUAUGCCGACCGUCGCGCCGCCCUCGUCGAUCUUCUCCCUCAAGGAGCCGUGGUAGUUCUUCACGCCGCAUCCCUCCAAUACAAGUCUGGCGCAGUCUUUUAUCCAUAUAGACAGGAGUCCAAUUUCUUCUGGCUGACAGGAUGGGAAGAACCCGAGGCGGUAGCUGUCAUAGAAAAGACAGGCUGCGGAACGGGCGACUACGUAUUUAGGCUCUUCGUCCAGCCCAAGAACCCUAGAGACGAGCAGUGGUCCGGCCCCCGCAAUGGUGUGCAAGCUGCCGAAGACAUCUUCAAUGCAGAUGAGGCCUACUCAAUAGACGGCAUGGGCUCAUUGCUGCCGGACAUUCUCAACCGCGCAACCUCCAUCUACGCCGACGCGCAGCCCGCAGAAAAGACCAGCAAGAGCUCUCUAUUGGAUAUGUUCUCGGGCAAGACCUCAUGGCCAUCCCGAACACCAUUGUAUCCCAUCAUGAACAGACUGCGAGCUAUCAAAAGCGAGGCAGAGGUAGCCAACAUGCGUCGCGCAGGGCAGAUAUCUGGGCGCACCAUCACCGAUGCAAUGCGACGGCCCUGGACUCGGGAAAGGGACUUGCACGCUUUCCUGGACUACCAGUUUACCGUCAACGGCUGCGAAGGCUCCGCAUACAUUCCCGUAGUCGCAGGUGGUGAACGCGCCAACUGCAUUCAUUACACAGUCAACAAUAGCGUCUUCCGUGAGGGCGAGUUCAUUCUCGUAGACGCCGGUGGCCAAUAUGGCACGUACAUUACUGAUAUUUCUCGAACUUGGCCAGUCACGGGCAGGUUCACUGCCGCACAGCGUGAUUUGUACGAAGCUGUCCUCACUGUGCAGCGCAAAAGUGUCGACCUUUGCCGACAAAACGCGCGCAUGUCACUCGAGGACAUCCACGGCUUGACAGUACGUGGGCUUGUAGAGUCUCUGCGCUCGAUAGGCUUCGACGUGUCAAACGCCAACAUAGAUCAGCUGUUUCCUCACCACGUCGGACACUACAUUGGUCUCGACGUGCACGACUGCCCUGGCUAUUCGCGACGAGAGCUGCUCCGUCGCGGCCACUGCGUCACCAUCGAGCCUGGUGUGUACGUGCCUGACGACGAGCGCUGGCCCGCUCACUUUCGUGGCAUGGGCGUGCGUAUCGAGGACAGCAUCUGUGUUGAUGAGACCGAGCCGCACAUUCUCACGACGGAGGCUGUCAAGGAGAUUGCUGAUAUUGAGGCUCUCCGUGCAUAG